AUGACAAGCACAAUUCCAGCGCCAACAGAUGUGGGUGCUUUGGCCAAUCGCAUCAACUUUCAUACUAGAGAUCAACACAACAAAAUUGACGCCCAGAUGAGCGUCAAGUUCGCUUUUGCCAUGAAACACGGCUUCAUAUAUCGUCAAGGCAUUUUAGCGUUCUAUUACAUUUUCCAAGCUAUUGAACAGGAAAUCGACAGAAUUUUGGAAAACGCAGAGACUAAACAAGAAUUGCAGACCAAAGAGAUCCUAAAUCAGUUUUGGGUAGAUGACUUUCGGCGUUCAGACAAAAUAUUACAGGAUUUGGAGGUUUUGUACGCAAAGGAGUAUCCCAAAAAGACAGAUUUACAUGAAUUCAUACAGCAAAACGUGCUGCCCAUGCAACAACAGGCAUUCGUGGAUUACGUUCAUCAGGGCAUCCAGAAUAGUCCAACUACGGUGCUGGCGUACUGUCACGUGCUGUAUCUUGCCCUUUUCGCAGGCGGACGUGUAAUGCGUUCGACGGUGUACAGAUCGACAGGGCUAUUCCCCAAAUUCCCAGAUCUCACCCCGGAAGAAGUGGUUCGUCGUGGAACGAAUUUCUUCACUUUCAGCUCCGAAGGUGUGACAGCCGAAAACCAGCUUCGCAAGGACUACAAACGCGGAUACGAAUUGGCCACACGCCAGGGUCUAACCGAGGAGCAGAAAUUGGAUAUAAUCGAGGUGUCAAACGCGAUUUUCGAGUGGAACACCCGGGUUAUUUCGGAACUGGGUGAGAUCAAUCGUCAAGAACUAAUGGGCAAGCUAAGCUUUAAACUAAUUACUUUUGCCCUGGACGAAUGGAAACACACAGAGAAAUUGAGUCGCAAACAGAAAAGUCUCGUGCUGGCCAUGGGCGUUAUGAUUCAAAUCCUGGCGAUGUGGUGGAUGCUGCGUAGAUUCUUUUAG